AUCACACGCACGCGAAUGGCAUCCCUGCACCAGCAGCCCCGAGGGCCAGAGAGCCAGAGAAGGCUGAAAGACCUCAAGGCUCCUCUAGACCAAUUAGGUGCUUCGGUCUUCCGUACCUUGCGACCGACGAAAAUGAUGUAGCGAGUACGUACGAAGCGUAUUAAUAGACCAAACCCCCAAUCCAUUCCGACUUAGCUGAGAUCGUGACUUUGCUCUCGAGCUCGAAUCUCUCUCUCUUAGAAUGAUAAUGAUACCACGAUAACCACUCUCACUCCUGCUUCUCUCAACUUGCACUUGCACUGGCAGAUUCCCGAGGCCACGAACCCCCCGUGCUGUGGUUGUGGCCUCUACGCAUCUAUUGCGCUCGCGCAGACGAGCUCCCCACCACCACAUCAAGAAUUCCGAGGACGAGGGCGAGGGCGAGGACGAGGACCUGGUAGAAUACUGCGGUUCUGGGGGAGGGUGGCGCUUGGUCUUUUUCCCAAGUCGUGACCCUUUCACGCAAACUCGUGUUGGGCAACCCAGGCCUUCGAGUAUCUAUAAUGGCAACUUCCCGGCUAUCGAUCGAUAGUCUCGUUUCCCCUCUGACCUCGCGAAAUGAAUAUCCUUUCCCCAGGUACGGAGAACUUAUCACUCAUAACUUUCGCAUAACUAGCGUAGCCCUUGCUGACGGAUUGCAGACCAGGCUCAAGCCAGAGGUUGAUGGGCCGGAGGGGUUCCAACGCAAGCUCAAUACAUUCAAUAGGAGGAGCAUUGGAUACAGCUUCACAUUGGCAUGGCCUGAACGAACCUAGCCAAAAUGGUAAUGACAACGAGGAUGAGACGGAAAACUCGCUGAUUUCUCCAAUGCUAACAUUCUCUAGCAAUAUCGACACUCCUGCAGCCUCCCAUUGUCAGAACGGGCCUUCUUCCACACACUUCCGCUCCAGCAUCCAGCACCCACAAACCCCCUACCUCGCGAGAUAUCCCACCUGUUACGUUAACAAAUAUACCUAAUGUCGACCUGGCCGAGUUCAAGUCAUACUUGUCGCAAGUUGGUGGCCUCUAUGAUGCAUUGCAGAGGGCCAAAGAUAACGAGGAUGAGGGGGCAACUCAAAUCUUGAGGAAAGGAUCGAAGGUGGAUGAUUUUGCAGAUUUACUGGAGCCAAUCCAACGAUCCUCCGCCCGACCGAGUCUAUCAAAAAAGGCUUCUUUGGCCUCGCUGGUCUCCGUUAUUGAAAGUCCAACGUCGCGGCGGAAGUCAAGUGGUGGGAUCAAGCGACUGGCACAUGCGACUACGCCUUUGUCCACGAUUCCAAAUGUAUAUUUUGAGGAAGACUUUCAUCUAGAGAACCCACGCACAUUUGAUGUUGUUAGUGAGCGCUCCGAGGUCGUAAAACCAGUGCCAGGGACAGCAGACGAUCGGAAAGGGCAGAAUGGAAGUGUAGUUGGGCCAAGGAAAGCGCUUGCAACCAACGCGAUCCUGCAAGAAAAGUUAUCAUGGUAUAUGGAUACAAUUGAGGUCCAUCUCAUUUCAUCUAUUUCAACAGCAUCCACCUCUUUCUUUGCUGCGUUGGGGUCACUCCGAGAGUUGCACUCUGAAGCAGCAGAUUCCGUGGACCGUAUCAAAACUUUACGGAAAGAGCUAGCAGAGUUAGACCAGGCAAUGGCUAUCGGGGGGUUAGAAAUCGUCAAUAAAAAACGGCGCUUAGAGAAUCUUAAACUGCUGGGUGACGCAGUUCAGCAACUUAAACGGAUUGUGGAUGGCGUAGCCAAUUGUGAGACUUUGGUUGAUGGCGGCGAAGUUGACAGGGCAUUGGAUGCUAUCGACAGUUUGGAAGCGCUCAUUGCUGGUGAAACUGAGGAGGGUGAAGAGGCGGAUAUCCAACUCCGCGACCUCAGCGGAGCCACUGCAUUGCAGGGAGUUACGAAUGAUCUCGAUACUCUGAGAUUACGUAUUGGAAAAACUUUUGAAUCAAGAUUUCUCAAUGCUCUGAUGGGAGACUUGCGCCGUCAUGUCACCUCUGUGGCCACUCCCGACAUUUUGAAGCGAUGGAGCAGUGCGUCUCAGAGAUCCAGAGGUGGAAACAAUCGGGAGCUUGCUGCGUUUCCAACAUUUCUAACAUUGAGUGAUGAUUUCAGAGCUGAGCUUGCAUCAAAUCUGAGUGGCUUACAUCGCGCUGGAUAUACCACACCAGCCACUUCUGCAUACAGAGAAUCUGUGUUGCGAGAAGUUCGCAAUAUUAUUCGACGCCCACUCCCAGCAUCUAAUGACGAUGAUGCCGAUUCGAUGAUGUCGUCGUCUACUGUUGGAGCUGGGAGACAAAAGUCACAAGCUGAAAAAUCGUCCAUAUUAGCGCGCAAUCUGAGAGCCUUGGAUCCAGAUGACGCUGAGGAUCUUCUCAUUAAGACGUACAUCGCUGUUGGCGAGACUCUGAGGAGACUAGGCACUCAGGUCAAGGUCUUAUUAGAUGUUACGAGUACCCUGGGAGAUCCCGAUGGUCUCAAUGGGAUGAAGUCUCCCCCGAGAAGUCCAAAUAUUAUCGCCAUGGACGAGCGAAUGGCAGCAGCGCGGGCUAACUCAAAUCCAAAUAUACAAGACGAGAUGCAUAUGGCCUUGGAUAUGUCGAACCUUUUAGGUCAAGCCGUUGACAUCGCUCAGGAAAAAAUAGUGAAGGUUCUGAGGGUGAGAUCCGAGCAGACAAUUCAUCUGCCUGUUGAGAGCUUUCUGAGAUAUUUCACCCUCAAUCUAUUAUUUGCGAAUGAGUGCGAGGCAGUUUCUGGAAGAGGCGGAACAGCUCUGAAGAAUGUCGUCAACGGUCAUAUAAAAGACUACGUGAACCAGCUCUGCGAUUCUGAGCGACAGUCGUUGGCUACCGGUAUGGAUGCAGAUCCAUGGGCUGCGAAAGACUUUACAGAGUCUGAUACUGAAGAGUUGAAUCGCAUACUAUCCGCAAGUACGGAGGAUGCAGAAGCCUGGAGUAUUGGAAGCAAAAUAUGGCAGCCAAUAUCACAGCCCUCGAGAGGCUCUGCAUCGGUCCCACAGAGUUCUCAAACGAAUGGUACCGCAGCACCUAAUACCACAUCAACAAAAGCAACUUCGCGAUGCGCAGUAAUUGACGGCGAAUCAUUCAUUCUACCCACUUCGGCAUUUCUAUGUCUUCAUGGCAUAUCAUGCUUCCUCCUCCUAAACGCUGGAAUCCCAUCCAUGACCUCCGAAAUCGCUACAUCCAUACUCUCAUACCUCACAUUGUUUAACUCAAGAUGUACACAACUCAUUCUCGGCGCUGGCGCAACGCAUACCGCAGGCUUGAAAAACAUCACGACCAAGCACCUCGCACUAGCAUCCCAAGCCAUAUCAUUCGUUAGCACGCUAAUCCCCCAUAUCCGAGAAUUUUUUCGUCGGCAUGCCGGGUCCGGCUCCUCGGUUUCGAAUCUGAUGGGCGAAUUUGAUAAAGUCCGGAGAGCGUACCAAGAACAUCAACAGUCAAUCUACGACAAACUCGUCGAUAUCAUGUCGGGACGUGCAACUGCACAUGCUCGAGCGAUGAAGACGAUUGAUUGGGAUAAGGAGGACAAAGGGACGGUGAAUGCUUACAUGGAGACCCUGACCAAGGAAACCAGUACGCUUCAUCGUGUGCUCAAUAAGCAUCUUCCAGCUAUGACCGUAAAGAUGAUUAUGGUUCCGGUGUUUAACAACUAUAAAGACCAGUGGGGUAAGGCUUUCGAGGAUGCGGUUUUGGGGGGUGAAGGGGCCAAGACGAGGUAUGUUUUUGAUUUGGUCGAUAAGAGUAAGAACUAACUUUUGGGUAGGAUGUUGAGAGAUGCCGAGUACUUCAAGACUAAGAUUGGGGGCUUGGACGGGGCUGGGGAUACGGCUGAUUUCCUUGUUAAGCUGGUGCGGAGCAAAAAAGUCCCUAAAGCGAAGGAGUCGGUAGCUGAAUCAACAACGCUGCCACCAAAAGACACGUCAGAGACGAUAGACGGGAGUAACGGUGCUACGGCACCGGAUGAUACCAAGGCAAAUGGGAAUCAGAAGAAGGGCGGGGAGGAGAAAACGGUUUGAUGUAAAUGAAAUUAAUAAGGUGGAUGGAAUCCUUGGGAUGAUGGGAUAUGCAGUAUAUGAAUUCUUUUUCUUGAGCAUCGUAUAUUCCAACGAAGAAUGGGGACUAAUUGAUUCAUAUCUUUGUUGUGUUGUUUGUUGGUGCUGUGUGAUAUGGUGUUUGAUUCUUACCAAAGACUACUAAGAUCUUGCACCUCUGCUUGGGAUUGGACAGGCCUUGACCUCUCUUCCAUACUACCUGUUAGGUGGAGAAGAGAGUCAUUUUCCCUCUAGUACUACUGGUUGUCCUACACUAUCUUUGGUCUCCAGUUGCUAGACAAGCCCCCAGAACCCAGAAUGCCUCUUCAAUGCUAUCUCAAUGCUCUUCCUAUUCCUAUUCUAGUUCUCGUCUUAGUCCUGUCACAUCUAAAGUUGAAUAAGAAACCAUGCAUGGGGUGGCUGGAAUUAGAUGCAUAGGAGUUAUUAUGUGCCUUGUUUAGUUUGGGUACUUCCUCCACUCAUUUUGAGGGCUCGCUGACUGGCAUAUAUGAAUUCACAAAUACUCCUUCCUGACUUCACUGCUCAGCUUCUUUUUUUUUAGUUUGUAGUGCAGAUGUUAAUUCAAUCUACCUUUGAUCUAGAUGGAAUUAGGAGACCUUGGAAUUAGAUUUAAUUUGUUAUUAACCUCCUAGUUAAUGAAAUUAUCUUGUUUUCUUUGCUUUGUUUAGCGUGUUUGCUUCAAAAGUGAUACAAGUAAGCUCAUGGUGUAAUUACGGUUACGAAGCAGUUGCAUUUUACUUUCUUAUAAUAAAGUGUAAGUGGUGCUAGAGAAUUACUCAGUGAUAUGAAGACCAGUAUUAAAAACGAAAUUCUGUCAUAUAUUCUCCCCUGUUAAUAUAAUUCGAUUGAUUAUAGGAUUUUGAACACUUACCUAUACAACGAUAGGAGGGAGGCACGUAGAGAUAGCUUGAAUAACUAAUACACUGUGAUAAAGAUUAAAUUGAUUUGGUAGCCUUUGAGAUGAUUUAGACGCUUCAAUACACAAGUGCCGUAUUAGAUACUGGUAUAUCAUAGAAACUCAGAACCACGUACCUAAAUCAGGCUCAGUGAUAAUUGUUCUUAGUAGCUUCUCCAUCUAUAAUUCCUUGAACAUAUAUACUUUCCAAAUGAGAUGAAGUUCUCCAGCCUGGUUAGACUUAUGCGGCUCGCGAUAGGUAGUGCUACAAUUGAUUAAUAACAUGAAAACACUAUGGUACACCUCAACGUAUUGCAAAGGCCAUAAGAAGUUUGUAAAGAAACUGAUUUCAGUAAUUCUUAACAGAUAAACACUAAGCUUAUCAAGUAGUUUUUUUGGUUGGAAGUCAGGUAAAGCGUGGCGCAGCGAGUGUGGCUGAACGUAAGUCUUGGCGAAGCGGCACCGAGUCAAGUACGAGGACAAAGGGCAUCAUCAACCUCACCUUACGAUUCAUGAAAAACUCUAAACUAAGCUAAUCGCCCCACAUCUCCACAAUGAUUGACAGGAGCUAACUUACGAGGUUCGUCCUUCCCUUCAGUCUUCCUGUAGAACAGCUCCAAAAUCUGUGCCAACCAGUCGUAUUGGUACCCAGUAUCCGACUAUGGAACUAACAAUCAUCAGACUGCUCUUGAGCUCUUGCGCGGCUUAAAGCGUCAGGGCCUUCCUUGGGCUGCAAAUGCCCCAUCCAAGUCCAUUCCUGGCAUAAAUACCAUGCCAAGUCUGAAGGGAAAGUCGGAUCUUAAAGGGACACCAAGCAUUGUUGGUAUGAAGCAAUGGCUCCAAAACCUCGGACACUCGGUAUGCGCUUAUUCACUUUCGAAUAAUUCCGUAGAAUGUAUAUUAUGGCUCACUCCGCGGAAUCAAUCAGAGACGUUUCCCUUGGGGCUCUGGAGCUGGUUCAUACUAAUUUAGUAACCACGGGUUGGGAGUUAGAUAUCUUAUUAUCUUGUGCUAUGUAUCCAUAGGAACUCCUGAUGCUAACAUUCUACCCAGCCUGCUGAUAUUAAUAAAUUGAACAUUAUUCAUGCGGCUGGAACGAAAGGAAAAGGGAGCACAUGUGCCUUCAUAGAGUCAUUCCUCAGAGCCCAUGGUCGAAGAACUGGAUUUCCUUACAAGACCGCCCUCUAUACUUCCCCGCAUCUCAUACGACCAGAAGAAAGGAUCCGCAUCAACUUCAAGCCCAUCCCUCAAGAUCCUUUCGCAAAAUAUGUGUUUGAGGUCUAUGAAAUAUUGUCACAGCAAAACUCACCAGAGCCACCUAGCCGUCCACCUCGGUACCUUCAGAUGUUUGCUCUCAUCGCUUUCCACGUCUUCACUCGAGAAGGUGUCGAUGCUAUGAUCAUGGAAACUCACCAUGGUGGAGAAUACGACACCACAAACGUAAUCGAAAAGCCUGUGAUAACAGUCAUAACUUUUCUCGGAUGGAUCAUGUGCGCCAACUUGGUCCCUCAAUUGAGAACAUUGCUUGGCACAAAUCAGGAAUCUUCAAGCCUGUCGCUCUCGCCUUUUCUGCGCCCCAAGAACCUGCCGCCACAAAGAUUCUGAGAAGUCGAGCAGCCGAUAAAGCCGUGGAUCUCCUGUUCAUCAAACAGGACGAUUUCCUCCCGGUGAAAUCAAUGCUUGUGAUGCUCAGUGUCCAGCGCACAAAUUGCUCUGUAGCUCUUGCCGCUGCUCGUGCAUUUUGUGACCAGAAAAUAGCUGAUGGAUCAGAGAGGUCCCAAGUCAGCGAAUCCGACAUCGCUCAAGGAAUCUCCCAAUUUUCAUGGCCGGGUCGAUUCCAAACUGUGAUUGAGAAGAAAUUUCAAUGGUUUCUAGAUGCAGCACAUAAUGAGAUGAGUGUUGGCCAAGCUGCCGAAUGGUUCACCUCAAGCUGCGAUAAUCAAAAUUACAGUUGUUCUUUGGAGAUGCGGGUAUGGCAAGCAUACACUGACACAGUGACCAGUAUUUCGCCAGCCACGCGUGUCUUGAUUUUUAGCCAGACAUCAGACGAGAGAGACGAAGUAUCCGUUUUCCGGUGUUUAGCGAAUUCUCUAAAAGGAGGUAGAAUGAAACAUGUCAUUUUGACAGCCUACAAGCAUGACGACCAAGGUAAGUCGGGCUAUCUUGAGCGAUUCCCCGACUAACGCUCGGUAUGAGACCAAAUCAAUGGAGGAAUGGAGCUACCAUCAAAGGAGAUAUACAUCAGUAUUUGGAGGGAAAUCUAUCCAGACACACCAAUCACUUUUCAUUCUACUAUCAAGGAGGCCCUUCAAUGUGCCAGAGAUAUUGGCGGCAAACACGGAGAGUGUACUCAAACUCUACUUACUGGAAGCCAGUACCUAGUGGGUGGGGCACUGAAUCUUUUGAAGUACAGUGACCCUGUUUACUCGCAGGAACGGGGUUGAGUGUCGCCGGAUAUUGGUAACUGGGUAUCAUAAUUCUACUACAAAAAGAAUUAUUAUAGAGAGACAUGUAUUAGAGAUAACUUUUCUCAUUAUCAACCCUGAUGUGAUCAAAAGAGGAAAUCAAAA